CGUCAUCACUCCGCGACGCUCUUAUGCUGCAACACAGUGCAACGUGAGUGCAACUCUGCGACUAAUGAUAAUAACACUUUCUACACUGAAUAAAUGUCAUUUUUUAGGCAGUUUUCAGAAAAGUUUCGCUGAUAUUUAUGAAUUGAUGAAUUAAAACUAUUUUUAUUUUUUAUUUUCUGUAUAAUUAGAUUUGAAAAAAGGCUGUAAUAACAACGGAGUCAGCAUUUAGGGGCUGGUUUAUUCUAGUAAACAUCAGCUGUUAUUGGUUUUAACACUAAAGACUGCAGCUUUGAGGCUCCCUAUAGGUUUCAGGAUGAAUGAAGAAGAGCUGGUGGAGUAUUUCAGGGCUCAGAUGAGGAAGGACCCGGACAUGGCCUCUGCUGUGGCCGCUAUCCGCACUCUGCUGGAGUUCCUGAAGAGAGACAAAGGUGAGACUAUCCUGGGCCUGAGGGAGAGCCUGAAGUGGGCCACAGACUGUCUGACCGGAGUGGACUCCUCGGUGGCCGUGUCCUCUGGAGGAGAACUCUUCCUGCGCUUCAUAAGUCUCACAUCACUGGAGCACCAGGAUCUGUCUCGCUGUAAGAAGGUGAUGGAGGAGAGAGGAGAACUUUUUCUAGAGAAGAUCUCAAUGUCCAGGACCAAAGUCGCUAAACUCUGUCACACCUUCAUCAAAGACGGCGCUAAAAUCCUGACUCACUCGUACUCCAGAGUCGUCCUCCGGGUUCUGGAAAAAGCUGCAGGCGAGAAGAAACGCUUCUCUGUGUACGUGACCGAAUCGCAGCCUGACUCAGCUGGGCGACAGAUGGCGGACGCCCUGAGAAAACUCAAUGUUCCAGUUACAGUAGUUCUGGAUGCAGCUGUGGGCUACGUCUUGGAGAAAGUAGACCUAGUUAUCGUUGGAGCAGAAGGAGUCGUAGAGAGCGGAGGGAUCAUCAACAAGAUUGGAACGUAUCAGACGGCCGUGUGCUCCAAAGCUCACAACAAGCCGUUCUACGUCGUGGCAGAGAGUUUUAAGUUUGUCCGCCUCUAUCCGCUCAACCAACAGGACGUUCCAGAUAAAUUUAAGGUGAGAACGACGGAUGAUUUCACGUCUAGGACUUGUUUUGUUUUAUCGUGUUCUAUUUUCUUUACUGACGUUCUCCCGGCCUCCACAGUACAAAGCAGACACCCUGAAGAGCGUCCAGAACCUGUCGGAGGAGCACCCGAUGAUCGACUACACGCCUCCAUCCCUCAUCACCCUCCUCUUCACCGACCUGGGAGUCCUCACCCCGUCGGCCGUCAGCGACGAGCUCAUCAAGCUUUAUUUAUAACUCAAUAAAAAAAUCCAUUUAUCAUGACGUAAA